CUCCUCCUCCUCUGAUAAUUCAAUUCCUCUCUAAAAAAUAACGAUAAACCUUUCCUCUCUCUCUAAUUUUCAUUUCUUCGUCCUUCAAAAGAAGGACAAAACGAAGGAAAAACUAUUUUUACAACCAAAACGGCAGAAAAACCAUCCCAAUAUCCUCCUACUCCUAGGUAGAUAAUCUAAAAAGAUUGUAAAGUAUCAGAACUGAACAAAAUUAAUCGCUAUAAUACUACUGGAGAUUGAUUUGGGGAGCUGGAAGCGAGUAAACUGAAGCAAUAGAGGGAGAAAUAGACAGGAGAGGAGUCUUCAAGUAUGGCGAUGAGGGAGCUGGUCUCCGGCGGAGCGGCGUGUGCCACCUCGGGGUCUUCUUCUUCGUCGAAUCCGCUCGGUUCUCUAGCUAACGCCCUCCUUGGCUCUUCCUCUAAAACCCAGGAAAGGCUUCGAGAGAUUCCUACAUCAACGGCUAUUCCAUCUGAUGGCAGUGCCUCUGUAGGGACUGGUGAGCCAUUGUCAGGCCUUCCUGGGUCAGAACUUGAUCACCUUCUGCAACCUAAUGCCCAGGGCUCAGAAUUCCUUAGAGGGUUCCGCUCUGCAGAUCAGCAUGGGCUUGCUGAUGUUUGGGAUGAGAUACAGAGACCUCAAGUCAAUUUUCCUCCUGAGCAUAUGCUGCGUCAGCCAGAUACGAAUGGGCCACCUCAAAGAGUAUUGUCAAGCUUUCUGCACUCAUUUGUGAACAGUAGCCAUGGUGGCAUUCCUUUUUGUCCUGCCACACUUCCAGUGUUGGGACUGUCUGCGGGUGAUAAACAAUGUAUACGUGAUCGGAGUAGUAUAAUGGCUCGACACUUUUUUGCUGAUAAGAGUGAAGACUUCAUCAAUGCACAGGUUAAUGCAUUGUUAUCUUCCUUAGAAAUCGACAAUGAUAUCAGGGCCCCUGGCCCUGCAUUUAAAAGAUAUAAGGAGUUGGAGAAGUAUUGGCAUGAGACUCAUGGUAUGAGACCUGGACCUAAUCCAGCCGAUGGAUGGGUUGCCGAGUUUGCACAGCAUCCAGUUGGACAUGGUGAUCCGAGUACUUGGGUUCAGUCAUUUGAACAAGAACAUGGUGCUAAUGGCUGGGCCUCUGAGUUUGAGCAUGAGCAUGCGCAGCUUGCAUCAAUGGAUCAUAUAAGAGGUGCAACUAUGCCUCAUUUAGCUGCCAUGGAGCAGACUCGUAUGCUGGCAAACACUCUAGCUCAAAACAAUGAUCCAAAAUUUCAGAAUUCAAAAUUUUUUCAGUUUGUGUCAAAGAUGAGUCGUGGUGAAAUCACUGUUGAGGACAAUCAAAUCAAACCAGCUACAUUGUCUGCACCUGGGGAUUGGGCAACUGAAUAUCAACAGCAAUAUAGUGGAGGCCAGACAUGGGCUGAUCAAUUUGUGCAUGAAGAGCUUUCUAAGGGACCUAAUGGAUGGGUGGAUGAGUUUGCUUCAGAACGUGGGCAUGUUGAUGAUGGGUGGGUGAAUGAAUUUUCUAAAUUGCAUGUCAACGACUGGGCAGAAGAGUUUGGGCGUCAGGUUGGUGAAGGAACAUUUGGAGAUAGUUCGGCUGAUAACUGGGCUAGUGCUUACGAUGAGUAUUUGAAUGAACAAACUGCUCUCAAGCAACAAUCAGAAUCAUCACGGGGAGUGUAUGUGUUUUCUGAUUUAAAUCCUUAUGUUGGUCAUCCUAAUCCUUUGAAAGAAGGCCAGGAACUGUUCCGUAAGGGUCUUUUAAGUGAAGCAGUUCUUGCUUUGGAGGCUGAGGUUUUGAAAAAUCCUGAUAAUGCUGAGGGUUGGAGGUUGCUGGGCAUUGCCCAUGCUGAAAAUGAUGAUGAUCAACAGGCUAUUGCAGCAAUGAUGCGUGCACAGGAGGUUGAUCCUACAAAUCUGGAGGUUCUUCUUGCACUUGGUGUGAGUCACACAAAUGAACUGGAACAAGCAGCUGCAUUGAAGUAUUUGUACAGUUGGCUACGCCAUCACCCAAAGUAUGGAACAGUUGUCCCUCCAAAUCAGCCUGAUUCUCUCUAUUACGGUGAUGUUGCCACAUACUUCAGUGAUGCGGCUAGAAUGUCACCUGAUGAUGCUGAUGUGCACAUUGUACUUGGAGUUUUGUACAACUUAUCCAGAGAAUAUGACAAAGCCAUUGAAUCCUUUCAGACAGCUUUGAAACUGAAACCACGGGAUUACUCACUCUGGAACAAGCUUGGAGCAACACAGGCUAAUAGCGUGCAGAGUGCUGAUGCUAUAUUGGCUUACCAACAGGCUCUAGAUUUAAAGCCCAACUACGUGCGUGCUUGGGCAAACAUGGGAAUCAGCUAUGCCAACCAGGGCAUGUAUGAGGAAUCCAUUCGUUACUAUGUCCGGGCUCUCGCAAUGAAUCCCAAGGCUGAUAAUGCUUGGCAAUAUUUGAGAAUCUCUUUGAGCUGUGCCUCACGGAAUGAUAUGCUGGAAGCCUGUGACUCACGAAAUCUUGAUUUCCUUCAGAAAGAGUUCCCACUUUGAACAACUUAAAUUCUUAGCUGCUGGUGUGAAGUAUAAGCGGUGAAACUUUCGCUAGUUGGACUUUGUAGCUUCUGCCAACAUUGCAUGUUUGGAACCUUACAGUCCACAAUUCAUCGUGUUCUGCUGGCCCAGGAAUCCGGGGAGUAAACUAUGAUUUUGUUUUCGUAAACAGUGUUUUACUUGUCAUGGGUUGCGGAAUACAUGUUGAAGGUAUAGUUAUUGUACACUAGGAGCAUGAAUAGAAUAAGUAAAGCCGAUUGCAAAUGCUUUUCAGAUUACAAGAACAGUUAGACAUAUGGAAGCGAAAUACUGGGUUUUUUUUUUGUUUUAAAAAAAAGAAAUCACAUUGAGAUUGACUGAUAAAGCUGCUGUUCUGGGGGCUGAUUAUGUACUAUUUGACACUGUAACUAUGAGGUGCUAAAUGAGAUGGGACACAUUCGCAAGCACUUUUUCGAGUUGUCUGGUAACAUAUCCUCAUUUUCUUCCCUUGCUCA